UACAGAUCGACUUUCAUAUCAAACGAAACAUAGCACACCAUGAAGACGGUAGUUGUGCUUUUGACAUUGGCAGCAGUCGCCACGGCGUCUCCGACUGUCCUCCCGAAAGACGUCGAAACCACUAAGAUCAUCGACAAGUUGGACGAAACCUCCCACAUCAACCGCCAGAAGAAAUCACCGCUCGAAGAAACAUCACAACUGACUGCUCAGAAUCUAGAAGAUGGAACCGUCAACACACAUCUAGCCGAAGAGAGACAUACCGGCUUGAAGAAGCCCAUCGUUAUCAACAAAAAGUUUGGAAUCCACCAUUUCCGAAAUGCAGAUAUCGAGGAAGAAAGAGAAUCGAAGAAGGAAUGUGAAACUCCAGUCAAAGUGAACGUGUGCAACGAAGAAACCGAAAUGCCAUCGAAGAUCAUGAAGCCCACGACCGCAGCGCGUUCUGAUGUAUUGAUGUCUGAGAAUGAGAUGGAAAAUAGCAUUCAGAUGGCUAAGGAGGCCGUGGAAAACUUACACAGGGACUUCCUUAACAUGGAAAAGAAGACACAAACGGGGCAGUCGAGAUCCGACAUCGAAUUGGACUCGGAGCUGCACAGUAACAUCGAAAUUGCACGAAAAGCUCUAGAAAAUAUACGCCACAGCUUCGGAGAUUUGGAAUCGAUGAGUUUGAAACGAGAAUCUACAGCAGAUGAAGACAGUUUCAAGGAAACUUUGUCGGAAGUAGAACGCCUCGCGCAAUGGAAGGAAGCUAUGGAAAGCGCGCAAAGAGAUAUGGAGAUAGCUAGAAAUAUUGAGGAUUCUUUCAAGACUGAAGAAACAAAGAAAGACAAAAUAGAGAAAGAAGACACCGUCAAGGAGCAGCUUAGAUCUGACACCGAUGCAUCUGAGACAAAAGAUUCUAUGACUGACGUGAAGUUUGUACAGAAUUUGGAGAAAACAAGUGAUCAGACAAUGGAUUCAGAGAAACAAAGGAGUGAUGUGGACUCUACCAAAAUGAUGCAGAUGCAGACUGACAAUGAAGACUUAAAAAAAGAGUCCCAGCUGAAAAUGGUCACUGACAUGGAAAUUCAAACACCCCACACACAACACAUCUCACAAGAAAAAAACGGUUUUAUCAUGAAAUCGAACGAACCCACUGAUUUUACCAAACAAAUGCAGGAAAGGAGAGAGCCCGUGAAUUCUUUGUGGACACAAGAAAAAUCAUCUGAUGAUGGAAAACAAAAGUUGUUCGAUACCCUUAGCAUGAGGUUGUCUGAAAACGACAAUACGAGACUGGAGACGCCAAAGCCCGUCGAGAGUAAGAAGCACCCGAUCGAGCACCACGAAAUGCGCACGACACCCGAUAUGCAUGUUCAGGAGCAAGCAUCUUUCAAAAUGUCUCCGAAUAACAUGAUGAUGCAGCAGCAAAAUCUCAACAUGCAUCAGCACCACGCUUCGCACAUGCCCAUGAUGGUUCACGGCCACCACAUGCCGAAACAGUUCGGCUCCGUCGGCAUGAACUUCGACCAGAACAACGUGAACGUCUUCCAGAAUCAGGACAACAGCAUGAUGGAGAUGAACCAGCAGCAGACCGCCGAGGAUCCCUUCUUUAUGCGCUGGGCGGGCGAGGAGCAACGGAGCGCUAUGGGAGCGGGCGGCAUGAACCUGCGGACCGACCUCAGUGCCGCUCAGAUGGGCGACGUCAUCGACCCGGUGAGUCAAUUCGAGAUGGGCCACGACGACCUGUCGGCGCUCGGCACGAGCGUGCCCGAUCACGACCACAUGCACGUCAUGCACCACCACAUGGACGGCGCCAUGCAGCCCAGCAUGCGCAUGAACAUGAUGGCUAGACCGACGCACGAGUACAGCGCUUUGCAGUGGGCCAACCACGGUCUGGCGCGGAGCAGCUACGGCUCGGCCGGCGCCUCCAGUGGAUCCUCGGCCGACGGCUCGGGGGGCGCGGGGGGUGCGGGGGCCGUCGGGGUGUUCCCCAACGCGAAGGUCGGCGGCUGCGCCAUCCCGAUUCUGGUGAGCUGCUCCCCGUCCCUCGCCACGGGCACCCUGGCCAAGGCCCAGCCCCAACCGUCCUACUCGUCGGGCUACAGAUCCGGGGAUGGCAACAUGGUCUACUACAUGAAGCGGGACGCUAAGGAGGCCGACCUUCCGAUCCUCAAAGUCCAGAGGACCCACGCGCCCUACAACCAUAAAACUGAGUUCGUUUUGGAGAAAACCCACGAGUAAAUAAUAUUUUAUCGUAAUUUAUGUACAGAUAGGCUUUUACGUUGGACUGCUAUGUUAUGUUUAGGUUUAAGAAUGCAUCACAAAAUAAAAAAUUAAAAAUA